UUUUUUUUUUUUUUUUUUUGUCGGUUUUGGUUGGAAAGACAUGAGUCGGAGUUUAUUGAGGAGGGCAGGUAUCCGGCAAAACCGGCCAAAGUUUUUCACCGCAUAGACGAACGGGAUUUGUGCGUCGCAAAGGGAUUACAAUCUCAAAAUGUCAGCAGCGAUGGAUAUGAGGAGAGAUUUGGAGGUGAGUGGGCGGCUUGCAGACGAACAUGACUGCCAACAAGAGUUCGAAGGCUGCGCCUCGUACAGGAGGGGUUAAAACUCCCCGGGACAUCCCCGACAGGUGCCAGUCUACAUCACCCUGUCCUGCUCUAUCUGCCUGCCAGGGGCAGAGCCAGCAGCCUCUCCUCAGUGACGGUGAGAACUCUGGGAAACAGAGCAGGUACCUCAGGACUGACGGCAGGUUCCUGGUACGUGCUGGCUGGAACAGCAAGGUUGCUACCCUGUGCAGUGGUGCAUCUUUCACUGGUGAUACUGAUUCCCACGGCCGUCUCGUCAAGUCCAAGAGCAUCAGUUGCCUGGACAACAGGCUCUCCAUCUAUAAGCCCCCAGCUCAAACCAAGGAGUGUCAGGAAAGUCAGGGCGUCCAGCAGCUGAAGGACAACCAAGGGGAUCUCUCUCUGGGAGAUGGACUUAAUGGUAGGCCCUUGAGUUGGAGCACACUCUCACUAGGACCUUCCUCUAGCCAAAGCCACAAGCGCACCCUCUCUCUCACCCACUCAGUAGCAGGUGUUCCCCCCACCACAAUCCGCAAAAAGAUCUCAGAAUGGGAGUGCAGGAGGGUCGCUCUGCCUAGGAUGAGCUUGUGUCUGGAUAAAAGGCCAGGAGGAGAGCGCGUAGGGGGCAGUGAGGGCUGUCCGAGCCUGCUCUCUUCUCCCUGUAGCGAGAAGACGUUUGACUUUAAGGGGGUUCGCAGAAUGAGCACAGCAUUCUCAGAAUGCUCCUACACAGAGACAGAGGAAGAAGAAGGAGUUUCAGAUAAAGACGGCCUGGGUCGCUUCCAGAAAAGGAUAGGCAAGACAGAGUCUUCAGGAACAUUUGUACGUUCCCUCUCUGCUCGGAAGGAGACAUCAGCAGUCCUCAACAGGAUACAAAAGAUAGAGCAAGCCCUGAAGGAGAAUCCCAACCCAGCUCCUCCACGUUAUCUGAGUAAUUGCUACGCUCCAGACAAGAUAAGACAAAAGUCUUUUGUGAUAGGUGAUGACUUGGACAGUACAUGCACCAGCAAGCGCAGCAGCAUUUGCUCAGUGGCCACUGAACCAGACCCUGUUUUGGUGUCUGAUAAGCUCUCUAAACUCAGACAAAGGUUUAGUGUGAGUUCAACCAGGUCUGAGAGCCCAGAGCCACCCAGCCAACAGACUUCUGUCGGCACUCCAGUCAACCCCUUACCCAAACCCAAACGCACUUUUGAGUACGACGCCAAACGGGACCAGAAGGGCGCGUUGCCAUCCAAUGGACUACCUCCAGCCACUGAGUCUCCCCCACCUCUUCCCUCGACCCCUGCACCCAGCAUGACACGCACAGCAAAGUCGGAGGGGAGCACCCCCAUCAGAAUCCAGGACAGAGAGUCGUGUGAGUCGGAGGAUGCUGCAAGCUUGCCAUCUUCGUAUCCGUCCUCACCUGCAGAGAAUGGCACACUAACCACAGAGACACGGAGUCGACCCAAUUCCAAAAGCACUUUAGAGGAGAAUGCCUAUGAGGACAUAGUAGAGAAGGAGAACCCAUACGAGGAUGUUGACCUGAAGCGGAGGAGUUUGGGUCGAAAGUCUUGUCUUUUGGACAGCAAUAGAUCUUGGACCACCAUGGACAGGAAACUGAACUCUCCACCUCAGUUGCCUUCCAAACCCAGUAGCCAGUCCCUUCGCCUCACUGGGGGCAGCGACAGGAAGAGCCACCGGCUGUCACAGUUGUGCAAACGCCACAGCCAUGAUGAAAUGCUGCUUCUUCCCCAGCGGGGUAUAUCAGCUUCACCUUGUGGCCUGCUGGAUGAUAGCCUCUGUGGCACCAGUGAUACCCUGGCCUCACACAGGCACUGGAGGAUCCCAAAGCUGGUCCAGAGGAUCAACUCCAUUUACUGCACUAAACGUGGGAAGAAGAGGCUUAAGAAGCUGUCCAUGUCCAAUGUUGAGACUGCAUCUUUGAGAGAUGACAACAGCGAGAGUGAGAGCGACUCUGAUGACAGGUUCAAAGCUCACACCCAGAGGUUGUUGAAACUGCAGUCCAUCCUUCGACGGGCCCCCAGCUACCGCACACUGGAGCUGCAGCUUAUUGAGUGGCAGGAGAGAGAACUCUUUGAGUAUUUUGUGGUUGUUUCUCUGAAAAAGAAACCCAGCAAAAACUCCUACUCCCCAGAGGUCACCUAUCAGUUCCCCAAGCUAGAGAGGCCCACCAAGCAGAUAAGGGAGGCCGAACAGAGGCUCAAAGCCAUUCCUCAGUUUUGUUUCCCUGAUGCAAAAGACUGGAGUCCUGUAUCUGAGUACUCCAGUGAGACCUUCUCCUUUAUGUUGACGGGAGAGGACGGCAGCAGGAGGUUCGGGUACUGCAGACGCCUGCUGCCGAGCGGGAAAGGACCUCGCCUUCCAGAGGUGUACUGUGUCAUCAGCAGACUGGGCUGUUUUGACUUGUUCUCCACGAUCCUGGAUGAGGUGGAGAGGCGGCGAGGCAUCUCCGCAGCCCUGGUCUAUCCCUUUAUGAGGAGUUUGAUGGAGUCACCCUUCCCUGCACCAGGGAAGAUCAUCAAAGUGAAGACCUUUCUGCCUGGUGCAGGAAAUGAGGUCAUCGAGCUGAGGCGGCCCACCGACUCCAGACUGGAGCAUGUGGACUUUGACAGUCUGUUCAGUUGCCUCAGUGUACGGCAGGUGAUACGUGUCUUUGCCUCGCUGCUGCUGGAGCGCAGAGUCAUCUUUGUGGCUGAUAAACUCAGUACCCUGUCCAGCUGCAUGCUUGCAGUGGUGGCGCUACUCUACCCCUUCUCCUGGCAACACACCUUCAUCCCUGUGCUGCCGGGGUCCAUGUUGGAUAUUGUCUGCUGUCCCACUCCCUUCCUGGUGGGGCUGCUGUCCAGCUCAUUGCCUAAACUUAAAGAGCUGCCUGUAGAAGAGGCUUUAAUGGUCGACCUGGGAACUGACCGCUUCAUCCGACAGAUGGACGAUGAAGCCUCGCUGUUGCCGCGGAAACUUCAGGCAGCCCUUGAGCAAGCGCUGGAGCAGAGGAAUGACAUCAUCAAUCAGGACUCUGAUAGCGAGUCAGACGAAGAGUACAACUCCUUAAACAGUCUGGUGUCAGAGGCUUUCAUCCGCUUCUUCCUUGAGACCAUCGGCCAUUACUCCCUGUUUAUCACUCAGAACGAGCGUGGAGAACGCGUAUUCCAAAGAGAGGCCUUCCGCAAGUCUGUGGCGUCCAAGAGUAUCCGUCGCUUCUUGGGCGUCUUCAUGGAGUCUCAGAUGUUUGCAGGGUUCAUUCAGGAUCGGGAGCUGAGGAAGACCCGUGCUAAAGGUCUGUUUGAGCAGAGGGUGGAUCAGUAUCUGGAGGAGCUGCCAGACACAGAACAGAGUGGAGUCAACAAGUUCCUCAAAGGUUUAGGAAGUAAAAUGAAGUUUCUCCACAAAAAGAACUGAGGGGAAAUUGUCCUGUUUUCAGUUGUAUACCAACAACAAACUGAAGACCUGAUGUCCCAAAUCUCUGCAUCAUGAUGAUUCUCACUCUGUUUUUUGUGUAAACUUGUACAUAUUUCACUGCAAGCUGGCUGCGAUACUCUUCAGUGUAUGUUUAUAGUCCCUCAUGAGAUAGUGAUAGCAGGGCGGUACACACCAGGUGAGCCGUAGAGUAACCACUGAUGUCCAGGUGUGCUUGUAAAGAGUGUUAUCAGAAUGUGUGAGCGUAUGUGACUUGAUAUGGGCAUAGAUGUACAGUUUCUAUGUUUUCAUUUUGCAUUAUUUCACCACAGUGUUGUCCUCUGUUUAAGGAGCGUAGAACCUAUUCGAAACUGUACAUGCAUUAAGACAAUGAAGAAGAUGAUUGUAACUGUUCAUAAAGUCUUUUGCAAUCUUUUAUUAAAAAAAACAAUAAUUCAAAUGCAGCAAAUGGCUUAGUGUGCUACUGAGUUUACUAAUAAUAUACAUGUUACAUAUUUAUGUUGGUAAAUGUUGUUUAAUGGUGAAUCUGAGAUCCAGACUUGCUGCCAUCCUGAAGUUGCUCUUAUUUUUCAUACAUCAAGACUUCAGAAAGAAGCAGAAAGUUACUUUUCCUGUCAUAUGAACCAAUUAUCAAUAACAACAAUCUGGCUUUUAUAACUUUCUUCAUAUUGUUUCCCAAAAACAAGUCCCAAAUCAUGUAGAUAUCACUUUGGGAAAGAGAAAUGUGUAAUUCAUGUUUUGCCACAUGAUAUAAAAUCACCUCAUUUUACAUGUGACAACUCAAUGACAGCUUCCCCCUAAGCUAUGCAUUAGGAGAAGCUGGUAAGAUCCCUAAAGGCACAGUUAGUCUAGCACCAGCUACCACAUGCUGCUGCUAACCUAAUUAUGUCUGUGCACAUCACUCUGGUGGCUGUCACUGCCAUGCUGUUAUUAGCUCUACUAACUGAGAGGCUCACUGUUGAUUUCAGCCGCCAUAUUACUUUUCCUCUGCUUGUGCCCUUUAUGGCAAUUAAGGUUGACAUUUGAUGUCAAGUAAGUGUGUUCUGUGUUUAAGAUAAACCUGCACACCAAACUUAUCUUACAGGACCUAUAGUCUGUGAUGGAAUAUAGGAAAGUAUAUUAAACAAUUAUGUAAAAUUUCACGGUACAGUAGAAGCACUUUAUUUCCAUUUUGUGAAACUUUAUACUUUCACCUCAACAGCUACAUUUCAAAAGAAGAUAUUUUACUUUCUGUCCACUGUGUUUAUUUGAUGGCUAUUGCUUUACAUAUUAAGAAUUUACAUAUCUACACAGCAGUAAAGGACAUGUGGUAGUGAUACUGGACCACCUGCUACAUUAAAAGACCUUUUGCAAGUUAAUGCAUCAAUAAUUUAACACCAUGAAGGGGACGGUUCAGAGUGACUACUUUAACUUCAGUGUAUUUACUGUCACUGCUUUUAUCUGUGUAAUAAAAUGAUUGAAUGCUGCUCUUUUUAUCAAAAAAAGAAAAAAAAAGUUACAUGUGGUAACUUGACUCAAGAAAAUGGUAAACCUUCUCCUCCUGACUGUCAUUUAUUUUUUUUAAAUUGUUUUGAAAUUUCCUGUAAUUUGAUGCCAGUAGGAAAUUUCUAGACUUUUUGUUUUCUGUGAUGAUUGUUUCAGUCCAUGCCUUGGUAUAAAAUAUGACAGUAGAUGUGAAUC